CUUCUACGUGGCCGGGGCAUACCUUCGCCGUUAGAAAAUGAUAAUAUGGCGGUUAUCGAUCGGCCCUACGCGCAAGCGUCCUUGGCAACGUUCAGUGCCAAUUUUUAAAAUUACUUCGCACCCUAUAAUCAAUUUUAGUGUAACAACUGAACGUGUAUACUUUUGUUUUUCGUGAACGUGGAUCGGUUAUAAUUUGAUUGUUUUAUGUAUCGGCGAUCGACAGGUUGAUCGUGCGGAGUGGACGCAUUGACAGUCCACCGGCCGCUCCGGUCCUCACCAAUGAUACGGGUGGACCAGUUGGCGUGGAUGCGCGCAUGCCCGCACUGGAUUCAAGGUGUUUUAUCAGCGAUAGUUUCAGAGCCAGUGUCAGUAAUGUGAGGCUUGCGAGCGGUGCCGGGGCCCGGCUUGCCCUCAAAAAUGUAGCUAUCGUCUUUCUCUCAACACGGUUUAUUCCGCACAUACGAGGACCUAGUCAUUAUAAUAUUACAAAGUUAAAUGUUUGUCGUCAAUUGUUGUCUAGUAUAAAAUCAAUCGUCUCUAUGGUAGUUUUUGUUGUUUUAGGUAGGUAGGCAAAUCUUUUAGAAGAUAAAAAGACUAGCAAUCAUGCCAGAUUGGAUCUGGCUGCUGGGGGCGGCGCUGUUCGGGGCGGUGUCGGCGCUGGCCAUCCCCGUCGCCAUCCUAGUGUACUUCCUGAGACCGUUCGACAAGACUCCUCCGGCCGAUGACCUCUCCAGGCGGCCGGUUACUUUACCAGCAGAGGUACUCAGCGAACUGACGCGCGGCGCGGGCGGCACGCCGGAGGGCGCGCUCAACGCCAUGCUGCAGUUCAUCUUCCAGCAGAGCACGGCGGACACGCGCUGGCUGCGCCGGCGCAUGGCCACCGAGCUCGCCGAGCUGCUCGCCAAGACCUCGUCGGGGAAGAUCUUCGAGUCGCUCACGCUCCGCUCCUUAGAAGUGGGCACCGAGUUCCCCAGCAUCACGGCGUUGCGCGUGCUGAACGGGUCUCUUGAGGAGGAUGGCGCACGCCUGCGCUCUCUCGACCUGGCCUGCAACCUGGCCUACGACGGCAACUUCAAGAUCGACGUCGAUGCUGUCAUGCUGCUCGGGAAAAUCGCCAACAUCUCCAUCACAGUCGAGAGCCUAAGCGGAACCAUUCGAGUAAUGUUUCGCCGCAACCCGUACACCCACUGGGCGCUGGCGUUCGAGUCCCCACCCAAGCUUGAGCUCCGCGUCCGAGGCCGUUUCCAGGGGAGACAGCUCAAACCCAGACUGGCAUCGCUGGUCGCUGCACAUAUCAGGAGGGCGGUGGCCCAGAGGCAUACUUUGCCUAAUUAUAAGAUACGUUACAAACCAUUCUUCCCGAAGUCUGAGCCGGGCGGGGCGGAGGGCGAGGACGGGCCGACGCCGCACGGCCGGCUGACCGUCCGCCUGGUGGAGGUGACCAGGCUGCACUGGAGUGGAGGUGCGGGCACUGUCCGCGCCGCUUUAGCCGUCGACUCGCACGGUUGGGUGUCCCUCCGGCGCGGAGUGCUGACGCUGGACGUGCUGUUACCGGCCAUGACGGGCGCCCUCGGCCUCGUGUGCUGCCAGGGCGUGGGCGCCGUGCUCGUGGACACCGUAGUGCCCAUGUCCCCCGCGUACCGCGCCGACCUGCGGCGGGACGACGUGGUGCUGGCUGUCGACAACAAACCGGUCUGCAACGUGGCUCAGGUGGGCAAGCUCUUGCGGCUGAUCGAGCGGCGCGCGGUGACGAUCCGGCUCCGGCGCGGCGGCGGCGCGCCGGCGGUGCGGCGCGAGGACCCGGCGGACGGGCGCCGCGCGCGCACCAACUUCAGCUUCCGGCGCGUCUCCGAGGUCAUGGAGGGCGUGCGCCUGCAGGGCAUGCGCGCCGCCGCCUCCAAGACCAGCUUGCACACGGAAGAUACAACAAAAGUUCCAGACGCUGCUGAGACCGAGGUUAAAAAGGAGCCCGUGCGUCAACUGUCAAAGUCCGACACCCCCUCGCCUUCCAACUUCGGCCUGCGCAAGCGACGGUGCUCCGUCGAGAACAAGUCUUCCGACAGCUCGGCCGGCUCCACCCCGCCCGCCUCCGGCGCCAGCACCCCCCUCAAACAGUCCACCAAACCCAAACACGAGAUACCCAUCAUACGCACCGACUCCUCCGAAUGCAGGCCUGACAAAACCGAGGCCGAAGAAGACCAGAUCUUCGAAACCGGAGGCCCCCGCCUCACGGAACACGUCGAGAUAUGCCAAAUGUUCUGGACUAAGAGCGUGCCUCUCAAACCUAUCAUACCGUUCGACGAAGAGACGGAGUUCAAGUUAAACGAGAACCAUAAGUAUCUCAAUAUAAACGUGUGGGCGACCAUGGCGGGAGAAAAGGACGAGGUCCUACUGGGCUAUUUGAACAUUCCCUUGGCGGCGCUAUUGUCAGAGUGCCAGGACUCCACUGUUCCGCAUCAUAUGAAGCGGUACCAAUUUCUUCCGCCCGACGUCGAUAUAAAGUUUAGCAAAAGCCACAAGUUGUCAUCUCACGCCGGCUUCGAGCCGUGCCUGUGCUUCGGCGACGCGCUGGUCUGGUGGGAGUGGGAAGGCGCGGGCGGCGCGCGCCACGCGCCGCGCGCGCCCCGCGACCCGCCGCGGCCGCCCAGGCCCGUGCGUGCGGCGCACGACUUCGUGCGCACGCACUUCCAUCGCUCGACGCAGUGCGAUUUCUGCAAUAAAAAAAUAUGGCUCAAAGACGCAAUGCAAUGCCGCAACUGCGGUCUGUGCUGCCACAAGAAGUGUGUCACCAAAUGCCAGGAGUCUUCGCCGUGCGUUCCGAAGCAAGGGCAUGAUUCAUUGACAAGCGGAACGAUGGCGCCCCCGGAGCUCGUCAUGACGGAACCGGAUUCUAACGUGGACCUCGACUCUGAUGACGAACCGGAGAGAAAAGACUCGCUCGACGUUCAUGAAGAAGGUGGCGGGGCCAUGAGUGCGCUGGUAGCGGGGCUCCGCCGCGCGGGCUCGGCGCACUCGCUCACCGCGCCGAAGCCCUCGGCCUCGUCGCGCUCCCUGCCGCCCUCGCCAAGCCACACUCCCAGCCAUGACGCGCAGGAAGCAGUCUCUGGAAGCGACGGUGAACCCGUUCAGCGGGUGCGGCGCGGCGUGGCUGGCGCGCGGCGGGGUGGACGCGAUGCUGGCGCCGGCGACGCGGAGCUCGCUGCCGCCGGACGCGCUGCUCGCGGCGGCAAGGGAGUCGGCGCCCGAGCUGGCCGCUAGGCUGACGCCGCCGCAGAUCCACGAGAUGUUGAGCGCGGUCCGCGCCGAGCUGACGGCGGGCGGCGACGGCGGCGGCGACGCGCGCGCCUGCGCGCUCACGGCGCUCAUGCUGCACUGCUGCGCGGCCGCGCAGCUGGCGCAGCACGACCAGGCUGCGCCUACCACCUAAUCAAAUAUAUAUCAUUACAUGGC